AUGCCAGUCACUCACAACCCCAAGACGGUACAGGCAAGAUGGCGCUUGGUCAAACGAACGCACGACGAGAACCACGUUUGUUCUGACAUCAGCCUCUUCACUGAACUCCAAAUGCCACCCAAUUCGCUCAAAACUUGGGGUAAGUACACUGUCUACGCCAUUGGCACGGUUCGAUUCAAGGUACUACAGGCAAGCCCUGGUACUCCCACUACCAUUACACUCACAAAGGUCUUGUACGUUCCGGACUACAACCGUGACGGCUACGGCAAUGUCAUGCGUACUGAUUCAACGUCGGACCAGCGGAAGCUACGACACACUGUCCACGGAGGCGAUCGUGAGAUCACAGUUCCUAGACAUGGAUCCGUUCUCGCUAGAAGCAAUACUGGAGGCAAGGCUGAGAAUGGCUACAAAUUGAUUACCGCCUCCACACGUUGA